GUCAGCCGCUCCCUCUGGGCCUCGGUCCUCCGCCCGCGCCCGCGGAGCCUGUUCGCGUCGACUGACCAGAGUCCGCGAAUUCUCCGCUCCGAUCCCGUCCAGACUGUCCCCACCCCAGCUUUCUAUUCUUUGAAAACACUAAGAAUAAUGUCCCUGCAUCAGUUUUUACUAGAGCCAAUCACCUGUCAUGCCUGGAACAGGGAUCGUACUCAAAUUGCUCUUAGCCCCAAUAAUCAUGAAGUGCACAUCUAUAAGAAAAAUGGGAGCCAGUGGGUGAAAGCUCAUGAACUCAAGGAGCACAACGGACACAUCACAGGAGCCCUGAAGCUGCAUGGUCUGUUUCAUCUCGCGGUAACAAACGUUCUUGUGUUUAGGGUCUCAACUCUGAAAACAGAGUUCCUGCCACUCCUGAGUGUAUCGUUUGUCUCCGAGAACAGCGUUGUGGCUGCUGGCCAUGACUGCUGCCCAAUGCUCUUUAACUAUGAUGACCGCGGCUGCUUGACCUUUGUCUCCAAGUUAGACAUUCCAAAACAGAGCAUCCAGCGCAACAUGUCUGCCAUGGAACGUUUCCGCAACAUGGACAAGAGGGCCACGACCGAGGACCGCAAUACAGCCUUGGAGACGCUGCACCAGAAUAGCAUCACUCAAGUGUCUAUUUAUGAGGUGGACAAGCAAGACUGUCGCAAAUUUUGCACUACCGGCAUCGAUGGAGCCAUGACAAUUUGGGAUUUCAAGACCUUAGAGUCUUCUAUCCAGGGCCUCCGGAUAAUGUGAAGCUGAGUGAGCCUCUGCCAUCCAGCACGACAAACGGUGGCUGACCACAGCUCUGCCAUUGGAUGGUGAGGAAAGCCAGCCCCAAGGAAACACUGAAAACACAUAUCGUGCAAAUAGUGUGUGGUUUUGUUUGAGUAUAAAAUUGGUGAAAGU